GCAGUCAGCCUCUGCAUCCAUGGCAUUACCUACCGAUCACGCCUGACAAUGUCACCCGCUUACUGCGCUGUGAACGCUUCGUUCUUACUUGUGCACCUACAGCUUGUUCUGCGGGGUCUUCAUCAGCUGGGGGUUCAACAUCAUCUGCAGCUGCGCGUUCGUCUGCUUCCGCUGCCCGCCGCCACCUAAAGCACAUGCUCCAUUUGUUGACUGUGAUGCCACAUGCGAGUUUGCGGGAGAAAAUUCUGGCGGUGAAACCCUUCCUAGAUGGCAAGGACGCGAAGAGUGAUCCGUUUCCCUUGUUCAUUUUAAGGGGAAGUAGGCCUUAGGUGUUCUUGUUGCCGUUUCUUUUCACUCUCCUAAGUAAGGGUUUAGGGAAACCACUUGCAACCAACCUUAAUUGGUUCAAGUUAGGGUUAGGGAAAAGGAAAGGGUUUAGGGUUUUAAGCGAAGGAAAGCAUGAGAAUAAACGGGAAACAGAAACACCAACGGAGGCCGGCCUGCUCUAAUCAUUGUGCGCACAGCGUGGGAAUGCGU